AUGGGCACAGCCGAGGUGCCACACUUCCUGCCCUACUGCUUCCCCAACGGGGCGGCCGGCGAGCUGGCAGCGGAUCACGGAGGGGGGACCCUCCCGUGCCCCAGGACGGAGCGAGGUGGCUGGGCCGGGGGGCCCAGGAAGAGGAAGCGGACCACCUUCAGCCGGGGCCAGCUGAGCCAGCUGGAGCGCGUCUUCGCCGCCCUGCCCUACCCGGACAUCGGCACCCGGGAGCGCCUGGCCGAGCUCACCCAGCUGCCCGAGGCCAAGAUCCAGGUCUGGUUCCAGAACCGGCGCGCCCGGAGGAUCAAGAACAGCCCCGCGGUGGAGCCGCCGGACAGCCGUCGGGUCAGCAUGGCCGGCAGCAAGCAGCCCCGUCUGGGCGUCUCCGCCAAGCAGCCGGCUCUGGGCUCUCCGCUAGCCGGAGCCGCCUCGGUCUUCCUCGGCGGGGGAGACGCGCCGGGUGCGCCCCCUCGGUGGCCGGUGGAGGAGGAGGAGGAAGGCGCGGCCGUCUGGACCGCGCUGUCGAGCUGCUGGGACGCCUUCCCCGCGCCGCCCACCACCCUGGGCUCCAUCUCCGACCUCAUCUACAGCGCCGCUCUGGUGGCCAACCUGGGGGAGCUGUAGGGGUCGCUCGCCCCGUCCAGG